AUGACAAUCCGAACAGCCCGUCCUGACCGGGUGCAACAUUUCCCUCCCCGUAUGCACUGCCUCAAAAAGCUGGAGGCCAUAUUGGUGGAGAUGCAGGACCUGAAAAAUGGAGUGAAAGGCUCGGAGCAGAAACUCAAUGUCACUACCAUCCCACAUGUCAUCGCUGGUAAGGACAUCAUCGCAUGGAUUGCCAACAAGAUGAAGACUCCAACUGAAGAGGCUCAUGUCUUUUGCACCAUGUUAGUGGCCUAUGGCUACAUCUAUCCCCUGCAGAACCACAAGAAGCUGGUCAUGUGCAAUGAUACUAGCCUCUACCGCUUCCAGACACCAUACUUCUGGCCUACACAGAAAUGGGUUGCAGAAGAUUCUGACUAUGCCAUUUACCUGGCAAAGAGGAACAUCCGCAAGAAAGGCAUGCUCGAGCCCUAUGAACAGGCACAUUACAACCACCUCCAUAAAUGGCUGAACCACAAAUGGGACUUCAUUGUGAUGCAGGCCACUGAACAAUACAAGGCUGGUAAGGAGAGGAAGAAGCCAGAUCGUGUGGUGUUUGACUGCCAGGAGAGGGCUUACUGGAUAUUGAACAGGCCUCCGCGUCGUACUCACAGUGCUAUUGACUGCGGUCCAGAGCAUCUUUUUGAUCCCAACACAGAUGAGAAAAUCAGCUUUGACCAGUACAGACGCAUGAACAUCUUCUAUCAACAAGCCAUCAUGAGGUCAAAGGUCAAAUCUAGUGUUUCCAUCGGAGCACUUGUCAAGUACAUCACAACUUACAAAACCCACGACCCAUUUCUGGCUCCAUGUCUACCCAGCAAUCCCUGGCAAACAGACAAUGACUCGUACUGGAGUCUCAACACAAGGAGAGUUGAUCCACCCACUAAGAUGAGAGUGGAGCGCUGGUCAUUCAGCUUGUUCGAGCUCCUGACGGACCUGCGAGGCCGAGACGACUUCAAGGUUUUCCUCAAGAAGGAGUUCAGCGGGGAGAACUUGGCUUUUUGGGAAGCAGCUGAAGUAUUGAAGUGGGGCACUGCAUCCUCCAUGCCAUCAAAAGCUGAGACCAUCUUUAAAACCUUCCUGGCCCCUGGUGCUCCCCGUUGGAUCAACAUUGAUGGCAGGACAAUGGGUCUGACAGUGAAAGGCCUGGACGUUCCUCACCGCUACGUGCUGGAAGCCGCGCAGACACACGUCUUCCUACUCAUGAAAAAGGAUACUUUCUUCCGUUACCUCAAGUCACCCGUGUACAAAGACAUGCAGAAGAAGGCACUGAACCCUGAGGCUCAUAACUUCAGUCCGGCCCAGCUGGAGCAAAACGCUCAGAACCGGAGCCUCGGCAUCCAUCCCAUCAUCCUCUGGAAGCAGGAGGAGGAGGAGAAUGCUAAGGCGGCCGCUGCCUCCGCUCCUAUCGAUGUCAAGGCCAUGAUGAGCAAAAUAGACAGGAAGUAG